GGAUCCCUGCAGGAUCCCACACUCUGGGGCUGAUGCAGGAUUGGAUCCCUGGAGAAUCCCACACCCCAGAGCUGCUGCGGCCGGUCCCACUGACCCUUCCCAAGUGUGGUGGGGCUGGAGCCGCAUUCCCCCCGGGAUCUCUCCCGGCACGGGGGUUUGAUGUUCCCACCCCUCAGGGAUGAGAUUCCAAAGGGCUUCUCUCGCCCGUGCCUCAGUUUCCCUGCCGUGGCAGCAGAGCCGGGAGAGCCCGGGGAGGAUCCCCCCAUCCGAGCGCCGGGAAUGCCGGCGGGAUUCAUCCUCAAACUCCUUCUCCUGGAUUCCAGAGGAGGUUUUGGGGAGAAUUUCUCUUUUUCCCCCCGGAGCUGCUGGGGAUGGGGGCAGGGCGGCGGGCAUUCCUGCCCCGCAUCGCCCCGGGAACAGCGGGAUUGGGAAACGCCGGGGAGCCGCGAGGCCGCCAAAGCCCGCGGGAUUCUCCUCAAAAUCGGGAGUUUCUCCUCAAAUCCUCAAUUUCCUUUGGAUUCAGGGGAGCAAACGUAGCAUCCCCCCGAAACAAGGAAUUGGAAACCUCGGGAAAGGAGCCCCAAAGUUCCGCUCCGGGGGAUCCCUCUCCUCCCACAUCCUGGGAGUGAUCCUGAGAGUGAUCCCAACAUCUGGGAGUGACCCCAACAUCCUGGGAGUGAUCCUGGGAGUGAUCCCAGCAUCCCGGGAGUGAUCCUGACAUCUCGGGAAUGAUCCUGGGAGUGAUCCCGGAUCCUUGGAGCUAUCCUGACAUCCCAGCUGUGAUCCCGGAUCCUGGGAGUGAUCCCAACACCCUGGGAGGGAUCCCGACCCCCAGGAAUGCUGGCAGUGUUCCCUCAUCUCGGGAAUGAUUCUGGGAGUGAUCCUGACACCCUGGGAGCGAUCCCAACAUCCCGGGAGUGAUCAUGGCAGUGAUCCUGCAUCCCGGCAGUGAUCCCGCAUCCUGGGAAUGAUCUCAGCAGUUAUCCCAACAUCCCAACAGUGAUCCUGCAGUGAUCCCGCAUCCCAGCAGUGAUCCUGCAUCCUGGCAGUGAUCUCACAUCCUGGGAAUGAUCCUGGGAGUGAUCCUGACACCCAGGGAGUGAUCCCAACAUCCCUCAAAUGAUCCCAACAAUGAUCCCACAUCCCAGUAGUGAUCCCACAUCCCGGCAGUGAUCCCGGCAGUGAUCCCACAUCCCGGCAGUGAUCCCGCAUCCCGGCAGUGAUCCCGCAUCCCAGCAGUGAUCCCAACAAUGAUCCCACAUCCCAGUAGUGAUCCCACAUCCCGGCAGUGAUCCCGGCAGUGAUCCCACAUCCCGGCAGUGAUCCCGCAUCCCGGCAGUGAUCCCAACAAUGGUCCCACAUCCCGGCGGUGAUCCCUGAUCCCACAUCCCGGCGUUUCUCCUCCCUGCUCCUCCCCCGGGAUAUUCCAGGGCUCGGUCCCUGCGAGUGCCCUGGGAGCUGCGGGAAGCCUUUCUGGGGAAUUCCUGGGUUUCCCAGGAUCUGGAGGGGGAGAACAUCCUCAGAUCCGCCUCCCAGGGCAGGAGUGGGGCAGCGUCCCCCCGUGUCCCCUCCCUCUGAAUUCCCUCUGUUCCGCUUCCAGACUCCUCCGGCUGCAUCCCGGCCGCGCUCCCGCCCCGCCGCUGCAGCAGGAUGAGAUCCGCGGAGCUGCUGCUGCUGUGCCUGCCAGAAAUUCAGGAUUACUACGACUACCACGAUGUCACCCCCCGAGCCCCGGAGGAGCAGUUCCGGUACCAAUCCCAGCAGCAAUCCCAGCAGGAAACUGUGCCGGCCCCGACCCCAGCUGCGGUGCCCGAGACGGAGCCCACGGAGCCGGGACCGCUCGAUUGCCGGGAGGAGCAGUACCCCUGCACCCGGCUCUACUCCGUGCACAAGCCCUGCAAGCAGUGCCUGAACGAGAUCUGCUUCUACAGCCUCCGCCGAGUUUACGUCAUCAACAAGGAGAUCUGCGUCCGCACGGUGUGCGCCCACGAGGAGCUGCUGCGAGCCGACCUGUGCCGGGACAAGUUCUCCAAGUGCGGGGUGAUGGCCACGAGCGGCCUGUGCCAGAGCGUGGGCGCGUCCUGCGCCCGCAGCUGCGGCGGCUGCUGAGCGCCGGCACCGCCCCGGGACCCCGGCCUGGGACCCCGGCCCCGCCCCGGGACCGCUCCGGGAUCACCCCGAGACUCCGCUCCGGGACCCCGACCCCGCUCCGGGAC